AUGCUUCAACUCAAUUGGCCCCAUAUCCACCCACACCCUUCUCAAGAUGCCCUUGAUCACGCAGCCAGUCUCGAAGCCGACUUCGAUGCUCUGGACGCAUGUGUGAAGCUCAGCGUAUCCAAGCAUCACAGACUCCCCUCAUCCUUGCAGACAGAUAUUUUUACAGGAAUUCUCAAAGCCUUGUCCGACCCGGAGUACCCCUACGAAGAUUCUGAAGCGGACAGAACCCUCAUUGGCGCUCUCAUACUCAAGCACAUCACUGUCGAAGCUGCCGAGCGAGCGAGAGAUAGGAUACCUCUACGGCAAUAUCACGACAUCCGCAAGUCCUUCCAAGAGUUCGUUACAAAGCUCAAUGCCGAGGGUAGUCAAGCCCAUCCCAAGACGACGACUGGAAGGGACGAGCGUGGAGCGAACAAUUUUACGGAGCCCAGCCCAGAACUCGAGCCAACACUCGUAACCCGAGACUCCUGUAGUCGGCAAAGCGAAGCAGUGCGGCCAGUGGCGCUGAGCAAUGGGGAUGAUACCCGCGAAGGAGCUGGGCAAGCAGACUUGUCUCGCGAAAAGGGGCGGGAUACUACACCGGCAGCCAUUGCCAUCGACCGACCCAAGAAGAAAGGGAGGAAAAGGAAGAAUCGUGAUGGGCUUAGGCAGACAAAAGAAGGGGACAAGGCAAGCGUCGCGGGUGGUGGUGGCAUCUUGGAGAUCAUGGGCAACCAACCCGGAGUCGAAGAGGUGCGAGUCCACCCGGACUGGAUAGACAGCGGAGUGGAGACAGACGAUGGCGAGGAUCUCUUGAGGAUGUUCAAGAACAUCGAAGCUCAAUGCGAACACAUCCGUCUGCAGCUGCAAGAUUUUGAGAGCGAGCAACUGAAGGGUUCUGCUAUGUUGCACGUGGUAGACGAGUUGAUGGAGGAAGACGACUCAGGUGUAGACCUUAUGCAUGCAGACACUUUGGUCAACGAUCCAAGUGAUCUGGCCCUACGGCCUAACGAUCAAGCAGACAACCAAACACGAAUUGAACACAAUGAACAAUUCCAGCAAGGUCCGGAGACGGAGCAGGAGGUGGGAGACCCAGACGCGUCCUCUCUCAUCACGUUCAACAUCGAAAAUCAGGCAACUGUCAACCACUUGAACGACAUGGGUUCUGACGGUAUACUACUGAGGCUGUCUAGCUCGCUUGACACCAUGAGGUCUUUAGGGCACGAUGUCCCAGACUCCAUACGUUUCACCGAAGCUAUGUUAUUAGAUAUAGGCAAUGUCGAGGUGCUCGCUCACGCGGGAUCAAAAGAGGACAUGGAGCGACUUAGCAGAAUACGAGGCUGGGACCUUGAGUUCGAGAGGAGCAUAUCUGCGCCGGCCAAAUCUUACGCCGUUGAAACAGCUCGAAUCAGCGUUGACAGUCUGGAUAUGCGGACAAGGAAACACAAAGCCAAGGCGAUCAGAGAGCUCCUAGAGGAAAAUUCACGCGUCGUGGUGUCUCUGCGCUGUGUCGAUGACAUCCACAACAUUCGUUGGUGCCAGGGAUACAAAAAGGAAAGCAGCCUGGUCAUCAAAUUUCGUACCGCCCAGCAAGCUGACGAGGUCCUCCGUUCUGCCAGGGAAGCUCACAAGCAGAGACUUCGCUACACUGAUCCUUCCUCGCAAAUAGGGAAGGCAGAGCAUGAGGAACGAGCACCAGAACCACAGAGCCAGGCAGCGGCCCUCAACCUACCAUCGCCAAACUCAAUGCCAAUCACGCCACAUAAUGAAGGAGAGGUCAAGGUCGAAAAAGAUGUGUCGCUCCAAAAUUUUGGCCCUGUGCGAGAACAUCAUCCUCUGAGACACACGUCGAUGCCAGCGAGUUCACAACAUGAGCCGCACGUCAAGGCUGAAGGUAGUGAACACACUCAGGAGUUGGGUCUUGUGCAAAAUCAACCUUCAGAACUCACAUCGAUUCAGAGACGACUGGAUGGCCUUGAAACGGCCGUCAAGCGACUCUCUAGUCCGCAACGUCAUCCGCGAAGAAGAAAGAGGGGAGCUGACGAAAUGCUUACGGGUGGGCCAUCAUCGUAUGCUAGAAAGCAAACAAGGCGCGCGACACAAAGCAGAGAUAACUACCCACUUCGAAACCGGAGCCAUCUGCCCACUGACUGGAAUUCCUCACCAUACGCCGUUCCACGUCCAGGACAAGGUAUGCCACGUCAAUUCUUCAUUCGUAGCCUCUGA